CGUACACGGAACUAAAGGAGGGGAACUAUUUAAUCGUCGGACACCAGUAAAUAUGGCAGACGUUCCAGACAAUGCCCCAGAACAUUGUCCUGGAACAACAAGUGAGAAAGCAGGAACUUCGGCGUCAUGUCAGGGCUGCCCCAAUCAGAGUCUGUGUGCCUCUGGAGCCACCAAGACUCCUGACCCCGCCAUAGCAGAGAUAGGAGAAAAGCUGUCGUCAGUCAAGCACAAGAUCCUUGUUCUGUCUGGAAAAGGAGGAGUGGGGAAGAGCACCUUCAGUGCCCACCUGGCCCACGCCCUCGCAAGUGACAGCACAAAAGAGGUCGCUCUGCUGGACAUAGAUAUUUGUGGUCCAUCUCUUCCAAGGAUCCUGGGUGUCGAGGGAGAACAAGUUCAUCAAAGUGGUUCAGGCUGGUCUCCUGUGUAUGUGGAGGACAACUUGUCAGUCAUGUCUAUUGGUUUCCUGCUCAGUAGCCCUGAUGAUGCUGUGAUCUGGAGAGGACCCAAAAAGAAUGGGAUGAUUAAACAGUUCCUGAGGGACGUUGACUGGGGGGAGCUGGACUACCUGAUUGUGGACACACCCCCUGGCACCUCAGAUGAGCACCUGUCAAUCGUCCAGUACCUAAGCUCCACCCAUGUUGACGGAGCUGUCAUCAUCACCACGCCACAGGAAGUGUCAUUGCAGGAUGUACGCAAGGAGAUUGGCUUUUGUCGUAUGGUGAAGCUGCCAAUCAUCGGGGUGGUGGAAAACAUGAGUGGCUUUGUCUGUCCUAAAUGCAAGAACACUUCAGAAAUCUUCCCACCGACCACUGGGGGAGCCGAGAAAAUGUGCCAAGAUUUCAAUCUUACUCUGUUAGGAAAAGUGCCUUUAGACCCCAGGAUAGGUCAAAGCUGUGACGAGGGCAAGUCUUUCCUGAGUGAAGUGCCUGACUCUCCGGCCGCUGACGUCUACAGGACGAUCGUUCACAGUAUCCAGGAAUACUGUUCCAAACGUGUGACCGGGGACCAGGACACCUGCUGACCUCGAUGUCGAAGAUUGUCACCAUCCGUGUUCACCAUUAUUAGCCUGAUCUUCAGCCACAUUUCAUACGUUGAUACCAUGCGGCCUUCUGUGUUUGUUUAAGUUUGUUUAAACUGACACUUCUUCUUAGUGGGAUCAGUCUGUUUUUGAAUAUUAACAUUAGAGAAGUGGUGGCUUGUAGUCUGGAGUGGUUCACAGGACCUGAAAAUGUGGUCAAAGCCUGAUUUCUGCAGCUACCUCCUCAUUUUAACUACUGCUGGGUUGUCAAUCAAACAAGAGUUUAAAUUAAUCCCAUCAUUACAGAGUGGGGUACAUUUACAUUUAAGUACAAACGCAUGACGUGCAUGACACUUCCAAUCAUUCUGGUGACUUUUUGGACCACGUGCUGUAACACUACCAUGUACAACCAGUGAAAUCAUCAACUGGUUCAGCGGUGUGUACAGUGAUUGAUGCUUUUUAUUUGUCAGUCACACUCAUAUUUUGUCUCUCGUUUCGUAUUUGAGGAAGUAAAAGGUGACAUGUGAACAUAAAAUAAUUUAAAUGAUGUGUUGUUCGCCCUCACUGAGAAUAAAACCACAAGACAUAGUCAGAUUAGUAGAUGUUAUUCAUGUGGAAUUUAUUCUUAAGGGUUAAAUCAGGACUGGAUUUACAGGAGUGGAUUAAUAAUUUAAUAAUUAACCACACAAAGAUGUUUGUAAUCUGCUGCUGUGCGUUGAUUAAAACAAAUGACCG